AUGGCAGACAGCCUGCCGCCGUGGGCACGUCGGAAAAUUGACGUGAUCUGCCGCAAAUUUUUCUGGGCUGGGACUGACGCGUCAGUUCGAGGCAAGUGCAUGGUAGCCUGGGAGUCCGCGUGCAAGCCAACUGAACUGGGCGGCCUCGGCAUAACCGACCUCAAACUAGCUGGCUACGCUCUGCAAUCUAGAUGGCUAUGGCUGCAAAAGACCGACAAUGAUCGGGCGUGGAGCCAAUUGCCAAUCAGAACAGACCCACAAGUACAGGCAUUCUUCAAGGCCUCCACGUUUACAGUCCUCGGCGACGGCAAUCUUGCCCUGUUUUGGGAGGACAGGUGGAUCAACGGACAAUCAGCUAGCGACUUGGCCCCAACACUCUCGCAGCUGGUGCCGAGAAGAACCCGUCAACGGCAAACUGUACGUCAGGGCAUCAACGGCAGGCAAUGGGUCCGAGCAAUCACUGGUGGACUUUCCAUUCCUGCAAACUUCGACUACUUCACCCUUUGGGAUGCCGUCGAAGUUACUAUCCUCACUGACCAACCUGACAGAACAGUCUGGAGAAACUCAAACAAACAGAGCCUAACUUUUCAGCAAAUACCAAGUUACAAUGAGCACUUAUAG